UUUCUUGAAACAAACUAUAAGCUGUAUAACCGUUAAAGCUUAUUCUAAAGAAUAUUUGUAAUUUGUUGAAAUGAAGUUAUUUGGUUAGCCUGUAGUAGGCUACAAAUGUAUGUUUAUCUUUCUCUGUAUGUAAAGGAUAGGCAACUUCUUGGCAGUUUUCAUUGUGGUUGUUGGUUGUCUGUGUUCAGUCUUGCUGUGUAGGCCUAGGCUGUAUAUGAGGUUAGGUUGGGGUGGUCUGGCUGGCUCGUAUUUUAGCUGACACCUAGCUGAAUAGGGCGAAACCUCUAGACAGCCUGUGUGAAUAGCUGUAUUGUGUGUGUGUGUGUGUGUGUGUGUGUGUGUGUGUGUGUGUGUGUGUGUGUGUGUGUGUGUGUGUGUGUGUGUGUGUGUGUACACACGCACGCGUACGUGCGCGUCACUCAGUUCAGGUUCAAACCUAUAGGCCUAUUCCACAGAGCCGGGCAUUGGUUAAUGUGUGUUGUUUCGGUCCCAUUGGUUUGUGAGCUUUCAUUUUGCGAUACUAAUCCGUCAGGGAGGGUAUUCAUCAUAGCUCUGUUCAGGCUGACACGGUGUGUUGCCGUGCUGAGGAGUAAAUUGCCGGUGACAGCGACCUGUCCUGUAGUUUAUGGUCGCGCCUUGCUGUCAGCCCGCAGUGCCAAAAUCUCAUCAUCUCAACCGAAGAUGCCGCAGACAAACAAAUCCAGAAACGCCCCAGCGUCUGACUCUUCAGGCUCGGUCCAAGGUGGAGGCUCAGCAGAAGGUGCAGACCCAGUGUCCCGGGAGGAGUGCCAUGCUGCAGGAGACGCAGGAGGAGGAGGAGGAGGAGGAGGAGGAGGGGAGGACAAUGUUGGAGACAGCGAGAUCAUCAAGUCCCCCAGUGACCCCAAACAGUACAGAUAUAUUGUGCUGGACAAUGGGCUGCGAGCUCUGCUCAUCUCAGACUACAGCGGUCCAGCAGCUUCCGAAGACGAGGACUCAGAUGGAGAAGAGGAGGAGGAGGAGGAGGAGGAGGAGGAGGAGGAUGACUCUGAAGAUGAAAUGGAGGAUGAGUCCGAGGAGGAGGAAGAUGAUGACGAUGAGAUGCGCAGUGAUGAUGAAGAUGAUGACAAGGGGAAAAAGAAGAAAGGAAAUGCAGAGAAACAGUCUGCAGCAGCACUGUGUGUUGGAGUGGGCAGCUUCAGCGACCCCAGUGACCUCCCCGGCCUCGCUCACUUUCUGGAACACAUGGUGUUCAUGGGCAGCGAGAAGUACCCCUCAGAAAAUGGCUUUGAUGCUUUCCUCAAGAAGCAUGGCGGGAGCGACAACGCCUCCACCGACUGCGAGAGGACCAUCUUCCAGUUUGACGUCCAGAGAAAAAGCUUCAAAGAGGCUCUUGACAGGUGGGCUCAGUUUUUCAUCUGCCCCCUGAUGAUCCGAGACGCCAUUGAUAGGGAGGUGGAGGCCGUUGACAGCGAGUACCAGCUGGCUAAGCCGUCGGACUCCCACAGGAAGGAGAUGCUAUUUGGCAGUUUGGCCAAACCUGGACACCCUAUGGGCAAGUUCUGCUGGGGGAAUGCCCAGACGCUGAAGCACGAGCCAAAGAAGAAGAAGAUCAAUGUCUAUAAGCGGCUGCGUGCCUUCUGGAAGAAACACUACUCUGCCCACUACAUGACACUGGCUGUGCAGUCAAAAGAGAAGCUGGACACUCUGGAGAAGUGGGUGAGAGAGAUCUUCAGCAAGGUGCCUAACAAUGCUCUGUCCAAACCUGAUUUCUCUGACAUGCUGGAUCCCUUUGACACACCAGCCUUUAACAAGCUUUACAGAGUCGUCCCUGUUAGGAAAGUUCAUGCUUUGAAUAUCACCUGGGCCCUCCCCCCUCAGGAGAAAUACUACAGAGUGAAGCCUCUCCACUACAUCUCUUGGCUGAUUGGCCAUGAAGGCACAGGAAGCAUCCUCUCAGUGCUUAGGAAGAAGUGCUGGGCCCUGGCUUUGUUCGGAGGGAACAGUGAAACUGGUUUUGACCAAAACACCACCUACUCUAUCUUCUCCAUCUCCAUCACUCUCACUGAUGAAGGUUUCCACAACUUCUACGAGGUGACUCACCUGGUGUUCCAGUACCUGAAGAUGCUGCAGACACUCGGACCACAGCAAAGAAUAUAUGAAGAGAUUCAGAAGAUUGAAGCCAACGAGUUUCACUAUCAGGAGCAGAUUGACCCUAUAGAGUACGCCGAGGACAUUUGUGAAAACAUGCAGCUGUUCCCUAAAGAAGACUUCCUGACAGGAGAUCAGUUGAUGUUUGAGUUUGACCCAGAAGUGAUCAAUGGAGCUUUGUCCCUCCUCACCCCUGAGAAAGCCAACCUGAUGCUGUUGUCACCAGAACAUGAGGGCCAGUGUCCCCUCAGGGAGAAGUGGUUUGGCACACAAUACAGCGUGGAGGACACCCAGCAGGAAUGGAUGGAGCGGUGGACAGGAAACCUGGAGCUCAACAGUGAGCUCACCCUUCCUGCUGAAAACAAGUUCAUUGCCACUGACUUCACCCUGAAGCCGUCUGACUGCCCAGACACUGAGUUUCCUGUCCGGAUAGCCGAAAGCGACAGGGGCUGCCUGUGGUACAAGAAGGACAACAAAUUCAAAAUCCCUAAAGCCUACAUCAGAUUCCACCUAAUCUCUCCUGUAAUCCAGAAAUCUGCUAAGAAUGUGGUCUUGUUUGACCUGCUGGUCAACAUCCUAUGCCACAACCUUGCCGAGCCGGCCUACGAGGCUGAGGUGGCCCAGCUGGAGUAUAAACUGGUGGCCGGUGAACACGGCCUGGUCAUUAACGUUAAAGGAUUCAACCACAAGCUGCCUCUACUGUUCCACCUGAUCAUUGACCACCUGGCUGAUUUCUCUGCCUCCCCUGAUGUCUUCAGCAUGUUCGCAGAGCAGCUCAAGAAAACCUACUUCAACAUCCUCAUUAAACCUGAGAAACUCGGCAAGGAUGUGCGUUUGCUGAUCUUGGAGCACUCUCGCUGGUCCAUGGUGGAGAAGUAUCAGGCUCUGACAGCCGGUCUGACCAGCAAUGAGCUGAUGGACUUCAGCCGCAAUUUAAAGGCCGAGCUGUACGCAGAGGGACUGGUGCAGGGCAACUUCAACAGCGCUGAGUCAGAGCAGUUCCUGCAGUAUGUCACAGAAAAGUUGCAGUUUUCCAAGCUGCCAGCAGAGGUGCCAGUGAUUUUCAGAGUGGUGGAGCUCCCUCUAAAGCACCACAUCUGUAAGGUCAAAUCACUCAAUAAGGGAGACGCCAACUCUGAGGUCACUGUUUACUACCAGUCUGGCCUCAAGCUCUUGAGGGAACACACACUGAUGGAACUGUUGGUGAUGCACAUGGAGGAACCAUGCUUUGAUUUCCUCCGGACCAAAGAGACUCUUGGGUACCAUGUCUACCCCACCUGCAGAAACACCUCAGGCGUUCUGGGUUUCUCUGUCACCGUGGAAACACAGGCUACAAAGUUCAAUACCGAGCUGGUGGAGUUAAAGAUUGAAGAGUUUUUGGCUUCAUUCGAGGAGACGCUCAAUUCGCUGACUAAAGAGGCCUUUAAUACUCAGGUGACUGCUUUAGUGAAGCUGAAGGAGUGUGAGGACACACACCUUGGGGAGGAGGUGGAUAGAAACUGGGCUGAGGUGCUUACACAGCAGUUUGUAUUUGACAGGCUCAACAGAGAGAUCGAGGCUCUGAAGCAGAUGACCAGGGCUGAGCUGGUGUCCUGGUUCAAAGAACAUCGAGGACAGAACAGCCGCAAACUCAGCGUGCAUGUGGUGGGAUUUGGUGCUGAAGAGAAUGAUGAGGAGGGUGGUGGUAAGAAACAAGAAGGAGAAGGGGGCAAAGCGGAGGAUGUAAGUGGCUCUACUUAUGGAGAGGUGUCUAAGCUCACCUUCCUUUCUGCCUCACCCAAGAUGGCGGGUGCCGUAGCCAUAAUGGACAUCCCUGCUUUCAUUGAAGGCCUGCCCCUCUUCCCUUACCACAAGAUACUGGAAUAAACUCAGACUGUGAGACAGACAGAUGGCAGUGCUUUGCCUCUCACUGAGCCACGUUCAGGGACUCUGCCUCAUUAGAGAUGCAAGCACUUAAUAUGUGGAGGUGAAGGAAGGUUGAAACGCUUUGGCUACUCUUUGGACCUGGAUUCUGCCUUUUGGGCCCAGCUGUAGUUUUUACCCACACUGCAUGCAAAGGCAAAAAGCCUGGAAGUGAUGAUAGAGUUAUUUUAACUAAGUGAUAAUCUAUUCUGCCUUUCUCAUACUCAAUUAUUUUAUAUCCUUAGACAUCGGGGGUGGCAGUGCUCUAUCUAUUUCUCAAUCCCACACUGACUGAAAAUCUACUGAAUCCAAUUUUCAUUUCUUUGCUUAUCUGAGCUCUGCUGCUAUUACAGCCCCAAACUAAGUUUAAUACCAUUUUAAAAAAAAAAAAAAAAAAAAAUCAACUGUGAAAAACUGCAGAAAUGCUGAGUCAAUUGAACUCCAGAUGUGUGUAUUUGAGUGAUUGUGUGCUGGAUUUCAACCUCUGUGCACUACUCUUAUUAGCUGACCUGGAUCGUGCCAUGGUAUGAGACUGCAAAGAGAAUAAAUCAAUGAUUGACAAGUGUGCUGACUACAGAAAACACACUUGAAAUCUAUUCAGGAGAAAAAGUACACUCAAACGUGUGAAAUGUUAACCAUUUUUCUCAUACUAAAGGUGGUAGAAAUUUA